AGCUUCGAUACUCGCUAAUUUGAGAUUCGCUCCGUACAACUUUUUUUUGUUAAAGGUCCACGAAGUCUUAUCAGGAAAAAAAAUGGCAGACGUUGCUCAAGUCCAGAAGACCCCCAAGAAGAAGGCAACCAAGCCAAAGAAGGUGUCCAGCCACCCGAAAUACAACGAAAUGAUUAAAGCAGCAAUUGCCGCUUUGAAGGAUCGUCAUGGAUCAUCCCGACAGGCCAUCCUGAGCUACAUCGUCAAACACUACAAAGUAGCCGAUGAAAAAACCGUCAACAGUCACCUGAAGCUUGCACUCCGCGCUGGAGUCAAGAACAAGUCCCUGAAGCAGUCCAAGGGUACCGGAGCUUCUGGAUCAUUCCGACUUGGCGAGCUGAAGGCAAAGAAGGCGCCAAAGGCCAAGAAACCAAAAGCAGCCAAGCCAAAGAAGGCCAAGAAACCAAAAGCAGCCACCAAACCCAAGGUGAAGAAACCCAAGACGAAGAAGUCUCCCAAAAAGGUGUCGAAACCCAAGACGGCCAAGGCAGCAAAGCCCAAGAAGCCCAAGACCCCAAAGAAGACUAAGUCUCCCAAAAAGAAGGCAGCGAAGAAACCCGCCAAAAAGUGAACCAGACGAUAGUGGACAAUAGAAAGUUUUCAUAAUCAUUUAGAUACAUUGAUCAUCAUAACCAGCACACCGGUUGUGUUCGUUUGUAUCAGGGACUACUUCACAGGCAGCAAAACACCCACCAAGACACUGUCCCGCCUUUUCUAGGCAUGAUUGUAACAUUCGUUUUCAUGGAGAGAAAAAAAAAAAAGAAGAGAAAAGAUCUCAAUUUGAAAUUCCAAUUGACAUUAACAUUUCUUUCCAGUCAUGACCGAUAAUUAUGGAAGCAGACGAGGCUACUUUCUACUUCAACUCUUACAUUAUAGUGCUAAUUGUGUAAACGAAAAACUUGCGAAACUGAUGUCCCAGUACUUGAUCGAAGCAAAAUUUGAGUGCGUCUGUUUGACAUUUUUGACAGUGCUAUUGUUAUUAAACUUUUAAUAACGUUGAAAGAGGACUUGGUGCAUUCGUUUGUAUAUAGUAUUUAUUUCAUACAAAAAUCAUGUUCAUGCUUCAUUGUGUAUAUAUUCAUUAUCAGAAGAAAAAAAUAUUAAGUGAAAUCUA